CAAAACGUUAAAAUCGCAUUAGCUGAAAGACAUUUUUAUACCAACGGCGCGUUUUUAAUUUUUUCUACACUACAACAACACAAAAAAAUAUAUAAAAUAAAAUAGACAAAGUAGAUGGCAAAAAGUAAUAGAAAAUUAUGACAAAACAACGAGCAAAGCUAAACUAAACUUUUAACGUUCAACAAACUCAAUGCGUAUACAUAAGUAUAAAUAAAAAAGCGCGUGUAUAUAUGAAUACAUAUAAUAAAUGAUAUUUCAAUAAUUUUCAAGCGACAAAAGGUUCGAGCAAUGUUCUGUGACAAAUAGAAUAUAAUGUUUAGAUGUAAUCGAAAAAAGCGUGUCAAGCCGUCCUCUUUACAAAGAAUCAACCCUAAACUAAAGUAAACUACGACUUUUUAAAGUUAUAAACCUUGAAAAGGACUCACGAAUCGUUGGUAGAAUAGCAGAACAAGGCGUGACUUGUGUAUUGUGUGCGGGUGUACAUAAGGACGGAAAGUAUGUGAAACCGAGGCGCAGAAUGGCCGCCCUCUUGCCUCUGGCCCACCUUUUGUGUCCGUGCGUGUGAAGUAAAACAAAAAAAGAUACAAAAAGCCUAAAACCAAAAAAACGAAUAAACGACAACUACUACAAUCAGCGACAAUGGAAUAGCGAUUCAAUGUCACAGUCGGCGAGCUACAGAUACGGAUACCCAUAUACAUAUACCCUCACCCACUUGUACGUGUAGAGAAAAGCCAUAGCCGCAGAUUAGUGAGCCAGUUCCAAGGGGCGACAACGAGGCAGCGAAGACGACGACAAUCAACAUUCAUCAUACGCACCGUCGGACGCGGCGCAGAACGCAAAUGCAGCCCCCGAUCGAUCGGUACCGAAGAGCAUCCACCUGCCAUUGACGACUCUCAGCAGCGCGCCGCGCGUGUUGAUGUGCAGCGCAUCCGUGGGCAGCGAAGGAUCCGUGACUCUGCAACUGCGGGAUGCGAACGCCUUGGAGGCAGCGGCCACGAAAGCAGCAUCAUCCGCAUCAGCAUCAGCAUCGGCACCGGCGGCAGCCCCAUCCACUACGUCACCGAAUGGCGCGGCUGGUGCGCCAGCGUCGACGCUAGAGAAUGCGCUGAACAUCGGCUAUCCGGAUCCGGAAAUGUUGGCAGAUGUCUUGGGCACCAUUCAGACAGCCUCUCUUAAGAACAACAACUCAAUCACAACAGCAACUUCAAGCAAUAGCUCGGCCAAGUCGGCGGGCAGCAAUCAUCUAGCGAACCCCAACAAGAUAACCAUAACCAGGCGCAGUGUCCAGUCGGUCAGCACCUCGACGAACACGAGCGUUGUGAGCUGCAGCAGCAGCAGCAGCAGCAGUGGCAGCAGCGGCGGUGGCAGCGGCAACAAGACCAACACCAGCUACAUCAAGAACUGCUUGAUCCGCAGCAGCAGCUGCAGCAACACGGUCACCAAUGUCACCACGUUGGCGCAGAUUAUGAGCAACAGCAGCACGAGCAGCGCGGCCAGCUUACUCAAUCAGCACAACAACAACAGCAACUGCAGCAACAGCAGCAACUUCAGCACCGCCUCCUCGGUGGGCAGCAGCAUCAGCGUCGGCAGCAACAGCAGCAGCGGCAGCAACAGCAACUGCAGCAACGGCAGCGGCAGCAACAGCAACGACAGCAACAGUAGCAGCGGCGGUGGCCACGGCCUGAGCUUCAAGAGCACCGGACGGCAUGUUCCCGCUGGGGGACUAGGCUCAUCGGGGGCAUCCACGAAUGUUAGCGGCACCGUUGGCGGCAUCGACAUCAUAAGCGUCGAGGCGCCGCGCAAGAACCGCCCCAAGCUAUCCUCGCCAACGCGUCACGGACCGCAGCAGUGUCAGAUUUGUUGCAAGAUCUUUGGAAAUGCCUCGGCGCUGGCCAAGCACAAACUGACGCACAGCGACGAGCGGAAAUACAUCUGCGCGCUCUGCUCGAAGGCAUUCAAGCGGCAAGAUCACUUAAACGGACAUAUGAUGACCCAUCGGAACAAGAAGCCUUACGAGUGUAAGGCGGAUGGCUGCGGCAAAUCCUACUGCGAUGCCCGAUCCCUGAGGCGGCACUCGGAGAACCACCAUGCCGGCGGAGCAGCCACGCCCACCACCAGCCAGUCGCUGUCGCCCACCGCCAGCACGAGCAGCAGUAGUGGAGCAGGGGUGGCCACCAGCUCGCUCAGCCUCUCGCCGGCCACGGCCAGCGGGGAUGCCAGCUCCCCGGACGGAGCCACCUGCAUUCGCACCUACAUUUCCACGGGCAGCUCGGUGGUGGACGCGGCCACUGGGAUCGCCCUGUCGGAGGAGCAGAUCAAGGCCAUGAACCUGCCCAUCAAGACGGGCGUGACCCUGCUGUCGCCCACCACCUCGACCUCCUCGAAUGCCUCCUCCACGGCCUCGUCCGCCAGCUCUUCGCUUUCCUCAGCGAGUUCGGGAUCGGGAUCGGGAUCGGGUUCGGGAUCAGUUUCCAUGGCACCCUCCCCAUCGAGUGGCUCUGUGAUAGCCGCCAGCUCGCCCACCAUCACCCUGAGCGAUGGCAUGAAUCUCGAGGGCGAGGGCCUGACCCGCGAGCAGUUGGAUCUCAUCAGCAAGAUUAUGCAGCAGACGAAGCAGACUAGUGCCCAGGUCACCGUCUCCUCGCCCACCAGUGUCAGCUCCUACAAGAUCAACACCAACUCGUCGCCAUCGCAGAACAGACCGCGCACCUGGAACAUGCAACUGCUAAAUAGUGCCCAGAAUGUGACUGUCACCGUGGAGGACAACUCCGAGCUCGCAGCCCCCUCCUCCAACUCACCCGUAGAGGUAAAGGAGGAGGAGCUGAGCCCACAGCUGGUGAGCACCAUGAACCCACACCUGCUCAACAUCGUCAAGCUCGACAAGCCGGUCGAGUGCAAUCUCUGCCACCGCAAGUUCAAAAACAUACCCGCCCUCAAUGGGCACAUGCGUCUGCAUGGCGGCUACUACAAGAAGGAUCCGGAAACCAAGCGCAGCGAGAAGAAGGACUCCAGUGGUCCACCACUGCAGACGGCGAGCAUUGGGGUGCGAGCCCUUAUAGAGGAGAAGAUCAUCAGCAAGCGGAAGGAUAUGACUAAGGGCUCCUUUGUGGUUCCGGCACCACCGCACAGCAGUGGCACCACCACCACCCUGCGUCGAUCGAUCAGCGACCUGGAGAGCUUCCUCAACCCGAAGACGAGCACCAGCAGUCACACCCAGACGAUGACCACCAGUACGGGCACCACCACAGCGGUUCUUCCGGCUGCCACGACCAUAAAGAGCAGCAAUGGACUCAGUAUCCAGCAGAUUGGCCUGCCGCAGAGCAUUGAGAUCUUCAGCGGGGGUCAGAAGCAGGCGAAAACCCUGAAUCUGGGCACUGGCACCAACACGAUCACCAUUACCACCAACAAUGUACCCACCACCACGACGAUGAGUGCUCUGACUGCUUUGAAGGCCGGCGGCACCAUCAGUGGCAUUUCCACGGCCACCAACACGGAUCCCAAGGAUUCCACCCUGAUCGAGCUGCUCAAGCGAGGCACUCGCAUUGCGGUCACCUCGAAGAAGGCUCAAUCCCAGGGCCAAACGAGUUCGGGUAUUAUGAUGACCUCCAGUGGAAGCAGUGGUGCCGUCACCGAGCUGACCACCAUUGGUGGAAGUGGCAGUGUGCAGACGGUUGGCCGGCAGAUUAUCACCAACAACAAUCGCACAGUGAUCAUACCCUCCGAUGUCCAGGUGGUGUCCACCAAGAGCAAGCUGAGCAGUCUGAGUAGUCUGGUCAAGGGCAACAUCACCAGUAGUGGCACUUGCUCCUCCGGAAACCUUUCGCUGGCCGAUGGAACGCCACUCUCGCUGACCAUUGCUCCCAAUCAAGAGAUCACGGGAGGAGGAGGAGGAGCAACAGCAGGGGGAAGCAGCAGUGGAAGUGUGAUCACAAGCGGAGGAGGCGGAGUCUACACGGUGACCUACACCAGCGAUGGCAGCGAUCUCUUCGAUGAUGCCGAGGUGUACAGCGUUUCGGACACCGAGAUGCUCCUCCAGACGGUGGACUCCAUGGAGCUGCUCAACGACGAGGAGAUCAAGAGCGAACAUUCCGAGGACUUUGCCAUGCUGAGCGAAGCCGGCGACAGUGCGCACACCCAGCUGGUGAAACUGGAGCCGGAAAGUGGGCAAGCCAACUCUGGAUCUGGAAACGGAAGCGGAACCCUUUCCGGUACGAACACCACGCCGUUGCCCACCUUCCAGCAAUUCCAUUCCAAGGAGCUGAUCAUGCAGAACAGUUCGCAGAUCCAGGCGAUAGCCAGCAUGCGGGGAAGUGGAAAUGGAAGUGGUGUCCUGGCCUCGCCGCUCCACUCGCCCCUGGCCUACCCAACUCCACCCUCGAGCCACGAGAACAUGGCCCAGAGUUCGCCGUUCAUAGAGGAUGCGGCAGCCCAGUUCGUGGAUGCCAGCAACACCUUCUUCGGGGACAAGACGGACUUCUCGCACAUCUACUUCAAGACGGACGAGGGCGAGGCCACCAUCGAGCAGCUGAACGAGCACGACAACGAGAAAAUCCUCAAACUGAAGUCGGUGCUGGAGGAGAGCAGCUUCGAUCCCUCCAUCAAGGUGGAGGAUCUGCUGAACGGCACGGACGACGACACCGAGUGUGAUCUGCGAGAGUUUGCGGAGACGAACCUCUCGUUCCUGGAUGAAGAUCAGGAGUUCCUCAACGACUCGCGGAAUGCCACCUCGCCGCUCUCCGAGUCCUUCUUCACCAGCGGCAUUGGCUCCGCGGAAGAUGUAAAGCAGGUGCUAAGGGAGGUCCUGCCCGAUGAGAACAUGCAGCUCCAGCUAAGCAGCGAGCAGCAGGGCGAUAACAUCAUCGAUCUCUACUAUCUCCCCGGCUUGGGCUUGCAAUCCCAGAUGAUGCCCAAUUCGGAGGAUCCCUUGCUCUCCUCCUCGCCCAGGGAAUUUGGCCAGCAAAGGCAGCAAAUGACUCUUCAGCAGUCGAUGGAGCAGCCACUUCAGGGCAAUAUCAUCUACCAGCAGGAGCAGCAGCAGCAACAGCAGCCACAGGAGUCACAGCAGCAACAGCAACACCAGCAGCAGCAACAGCAAUCGCAGGAGGAGCAACCACAGCAACAGCAACAUCAACAAUUGCUGCUGCCCCAGCAACCACUCAAUCAAACGGAAUCCAUGCCAGCGGUGGGUCAGCAGCAGGGUGACUUCAUGUUGCCCCUGGUGGGUGGCCAUGGAUUCACUCAAGUCACCAGCCAAACACAGUACAUGGACGCCAGCCAGGGGUCAGGGGUCAUGGCGAUGCAGCCUCUGAAUAGUCUGCUCCAACCACUGCUUUACGGUGGGGCCACCACUUCCAAUAGCAACGCCUCAGCCGGGGGCAAUGAACCUGCUCUGCUCACCACCGAUUGCCAAAUGAAUGCCAAUCAAGGCCAAAUCGAUGCGGGCCUGCUGUUCGCCUGUGGCAAUACAACAACAACCAUGGCGAACAAGGCCCUGCCCGGUCUCCUGCCGAAUCAUCCUCCUCCGAGUGUGGCCAAUCUGCAGCCCCUGUCCAACCAAACCAAUUCCAUACUGAAGCGCCGCCUGCGCUCCAAUGCCCCCCAGGAGACGCACAAGUUCUCCAAGUUCCACACCCUGUCGCCGCAUCGCUCCAAGCUGCGCAAGCCAUCCCGCACCCACUACACGCCCGCACCCAUCCUGAAUCCGGAUCGCAAGGGCACCGGGCUGUAUUGCAAUGUGCGCAAGCAACUGGGUCAGGGGCUGUUCGACGCCUUCGAUGAUGACUUUGGGGAUUCAGUGGGUCUAGUGGACUUCUCCGAUGAGUCCAAGGUCAACUUGGGUUCCACCUAUCAGGCGCAGAUACCCAGCUGCCGGCCGCUGGAGGAGGCAUCGAGGGACUCACCGGGCGCCGAGCUGAUGUGGAAUCCCGAGGUGCAGGAGGACGACAAGAUCCUGAUGCGCUACAUUGAUCUCAGCAAGUCGUCGGCCGUGCCCAUGGGCAGUCAUUCCGAGGAGGUGGCGCUCCAAACGCUGCUCAAGGCCAAGGGGAACUCGGCGGCAGCGGUUCUCAGCCUGCUCCAAACGCAAUCUGGCGCGUUCCAGAUGAAGUGGACCGCUUACGAGCUGGAGCAGUUCUUGCGGGGAUUGGAGAAGCAUGGCAAGGACUUUGGCAAGAUUGCCAGUGAGUUGCAGACAAAAUCCUUCGGCGACUGUGUGCAAAUGUACUACUUCUGGAAGAAGCUGUGCGUGGAUUACAAGGUGUCGCACUUAAAGAUGGAGCCCGUGGUCGUCAUUACUCCGGCUGUGGAGAAGCCCUACGUCUGCGAGAUCGCCGAUUGCUCAGCGAGCUUCAGUUCGAAAGCAGCGCUGCACGGCCAUGUCCGCAUACACGCUUAUGGCCGCAGUGCCAGCAGCAACACCAACAACAGCAGCAACACCGGCAGCGGCAACAUGCAACAUGCCACGGCAAGUAGUGCCAGCUCCACCGGCAGCAGCCACAACACCAGUAGCAACUACGCAUGUGCAACACUAACCAGCAGCAGCAGCAACAGCAGUUGCAACAACCCAACCAGCAAUGCCUCGCCAGCAGCAGCAACACACGCCAGCAACGUGGGUCAAAACGGCAGCAAUUGCCAUGCCAAUCCGAAUGCAACGACUACAUCUUCCGUGCUUUCGGCCACACCCAAGCUGGAAUCGGGCGUUGGCAACACUACCCUGCCCAUUGCCAAGGAGGGCGAGUUCCCCUGCAAGGUGUGCGGCAAGGUCUUCAAUAAGGUGAAGAGCCGCAGUGCGCACAUGAAGACGCACCGCGUCCAGGAGCCGGAUCAGAAGCACCAGCUGAGCCACCAGGCUGGACCAUCAGGAUUGACCACCGUCGCCGCAUCUAGCAUCAGCGCCCCGUCGUAGGGACCGGUCGAGGAGGAUCGAUCGCCGUGGACAAGGAGUCAAUAGGGCGCAUAUAGCAAACAUACAAAAAUCGAUUGACAAUCGCAUUAAGCAAGCAGCAAGCAUUGUUUACCACUGUUAGAAUUUAUGCUUAGACGAAUUUGAGUCUAAAAAUCAAUGUCACGUGUACGUAGUAGUUAAAGGCAUUUCUUCACUAGGUCUAUCUCUGUCUCUACACUUCUCUCUACCAAUCACUUCUCUAACUAUCCCCUAAGUAGGAAAUCACUGCGACUCGCUCUAGCUCGUAAGUCUAGCCAAGGAUUGGUAAAAGUUCAAAUUGAAUUGUUAUUGACUAUUGUAGGCAAGUGCAAUAUUUAUGUUGACAACAAAUACGAAAUUCGAAUAUGUAAAUGUAUACCUACCGUUUUUUAUAGUAGGCGUUUAUUCUGCUCGACUCGACUGUAGAUGUACUCUAAAACUAUACCCCAACUAUGGCUAAAGCUAAGGCGAAAUCCCGAUCUAUGAUAAACACUAGUGCAUAAUUACUGUUAACUACAAGUUUUUCUACUCAAAUACUCGUACAUAGUUGCAACACACUACACUGAUACUUUACUAGGGCGAUAGAUGUCUAGGGCGUAAGAGAAUCUCUAUAUAUACAUAUACUUGAUAUGAAUUACAUGCCUAGGUGUACGAUGUAUGCGAUAUAUGCGAUAUAUGAUUGUUGUUCUAGUUCUAACGACGCAAGUCAGCAACUCCGAGUAGUUGAAGUUUUACUUAGAUCGUACUACCUACCUACAAACCUAAACUAUUGAACUACGGCUCAGAAAGCGAAAACCCAAGAGAAAAUCUAGUGAAAUCAAGUGAUAUUGAGUGAGAUCAAAAACGAUUUUAGCUAAACGUGAACAAAAUUCAAUGCACACCAAUGUAAAUGGAAGUGGAGAAGAGUUUUAACUUUACUUUUAACGCAAAGUUGUAGGUUGUAAGACACUGUAAAUACGAGUCUAGCAAAGUAGCCGAUAAGGAAGGAUAUCUUUCAAAUUUCUCCAAAACGCAUAAAAGACAUUAAUCUAUUUAUAAUUCUAGAUCCCCCGCCCCCCGCCCCAUGCCCCAGACCGACCCCCACCCUCCCAAAAAACAAGUAACACAGACAACGAGGGUUCAAGCCCGACCUUUGAACCCCAGGACACACACACACACAGACACUCUCAGUGCAGUUUUAUAUAGGCCUAGGAUAUACAUAGUAGUUAUAUACAAGCAUAUAUUAAAUUAAAUGGUACAACAGUAAAUCUGCCAGAAAUUUGAACAACAACAAGAAUCACACGUUUUCCAUUUGGACAGUGAGCUAAUGUACUACAACAAAUUGAUGAAUUGAUUCAGCGUCUUUGAGGCCAACGCCGGGUGGUAUGUUAUUGACAAUGGCGUAACUUAGUCUAGUUUAAUGUAAACCAGUACUUGCAGGGCUAAAAGCAAAACCGAAACCAAACGAAAUACUCACUUUAGUCUAAUACCUUCGGCCCCUUUCCACUCGACAGCCCCCCAGCCCCCCAGCCCCGCAGAUCCGGACAGAAAUUUGGAAGGUGGGAACUAUUAGCGAUUCUUAAGGUUGUAAUUGCCAGCUGUGUGCGUGUGACCUUUUCUCAUCGUACAACUCGGAACACUCCGAAUCAGGUGCUGUAAAUAAAGAGUCGGAGGAGAGAGAUAUACAAAUCACCCCGACAUAGAGAACUUCUGUCAGUCCGCUGCUCCAUUUCCCCGGCCUUGGGUUCGCAAUAGCAAAGUAACCAUAAAAUAGUCAUAGAUUUAGUUGACGGACAACAUAAUUCUGCAUAUUUUCGGUGUUAUAUACAAUAAGCGUAAGCAGAUAUACAUUAGAAGCAAAGACAGCUACAGUAGCCCACCAUAAAGCACCUUCGGAACUGUUUGUUGUGGGCCUUGGCAGCCGUUUAAAGACUUUCUCGCGUACAAAUACAAGCCCGAACACCCAUCACCCUCCCAUCUGUAAUGGCCAUCCCCUGUUGUGUGCAUUUUCUCUACAAGUCUUCCCUUUCCGUUUCCACUUCCGUUUCCGCCUGAUUUCGUCCCACUGUACUGUUCGACUCUGUUCUAUGCUCAAAUGCCUUCAAGCGUAUAUAAGUCUUAAGUAUUAUUGCAUAAAGUAUCCACAAAUGAGUGUUUAUCCUUAAGUAAGUGUUCAAAUCUAGGCUAACGCUAGUUUAAGUUGACAUGUGUGUGCACUUUGUUGCUUUUCAAAAAAGUUUCCUAAAGACAAAGCGGAUAAAUGUAAUGUUAGGCCUCUGCUCGCACGUCUAGUCAAAUGCAGUAGUUAUUUAUCACCUAAUUUAUUUAUGUUUUAUUUUAAGUUUCAUUUACUGUGCCAAAAUGUUUAUCGUUUGCCAAUUAAAUGAUUUCAACUGUUUCAUUUUCCCCACGGC